GUCACGGCUGUAGGUGCGGCGAGGAGGUUGAGCAGCUAUUCGUAGACGUUGAGGGAAAAAUUUCUGAUAUAGCAACUCAAAACAACCGCUCGGACCUGAAGGAGACGAUACAUACGGAACAGAGACGGAUUUAUAAAAGCUAAGUGAUCAUUUAGGUACAUUCAGUCGAAGAAAUUAACAGUAUUGCAGUGAGAAUUUGUAUUUACAUAACCCGCUUUCUCAGUAUUCACGGCUUGCCACCGUGUCUUGUGGCCGUUAGCAUCGCCAACUGCCUCAAAUUGAGCGAGUUGAUACCUUUGUUAUCAAAUAAGACGUAUAUAAUGCUUCUUGAAUGUGGGUUCAACAAAGCGAUUUAGUUCAUGUACAUUUAUAAAUCCAUUUUUCAUUAUUCAGAAAAACAAGUUAUACAACAAGCAACACUGGUGCCCCUCAGAGAACCAGGUCCUAACGCCCGCCGUGUUUGUAGCUGUCACAUUGCCGAGGAGCGCGCGCUGUCCGCGGCCCAAAUGGUUCAGCAGCCAACGGUUUUUAGAUUCUUCGACAUAAUGGAAAAAGUUCUGUUAGAGCAAGGCUAAUUUACUAGACUAGCACUGAAAUCAAGAAGUUUGUGUGCUAAAAAGGCAUACGAGCUAUUUCCCUCACAUAUUUGGAUUCAUUUUGGACUUUUUUCUUGGACAUACUUUUUUUAAACACUGCCAGAAAGUCGGAAUAACAGAGGAGUGAGCACAGAAAGACUCUUUCAUCAUUCAAAGACGAAUAUAAGGACUCGUCAAGUUGAGUAAUGGUCAUUAAUACGAUCCACUGGUUCAGGAAGGGCUUGCGGCUCCACGACAACCCGUCGCUCAAGGAAUCUCUGCUGGGAGCGGACACUGUCCGCUGCGUCUACAUCCUCGACCCCUGGUUCGCGGGAUCUUCCAACGUUGGGAUCAACAGGUGGAGGUUCUUAUUGCAGAGUCUUGAGGACUUGGACUCGAGCCUUCGUAAGCUCAACUCUCGACUGUUUGUGAUUCGAGGCCAACCCACUGAUGUCUUUCCCAGACUUUUCAAGGAAUGGAAGAUCUCUCGUUUGUCUUAUGAGUACGACUCUGAGCCGUUUGGGAAGGAGCGAGAUGCAGCUAUUAAGAAACUGGCCUCUGAGGCCGGAGUGGAGGUGACAGUUCGCAUCUCCCACACUCUCUAUGACCUGGACAAGAUCAUAGAGUUAAAUGGGGGUCAGUCCCCUCUCACCUACAAGCGGUUCCAGACCCUCAUCAGCCGUAUGGAAGCAGUGGAGGUGCCUGCAGAGUCCAUCACAGCUGAAAUCAUGGGGAAAUGCACAACGCCGCUGUCCGAAGACCACGAUGACAAGUUUGGGGUCCCAUCUUUGGAGGAGCUGGGUUUUGAUACUGAAGGUCUGUCUUCAGCUGUGUGGCCAGGGGGAGAGACAGAAGCUCUUACACGGCUUGAGAGGCAUUUAGAGAGGAAGGCAUGGGUUGCCAACUUUGAGCGUCCGAGAAUGAACGCCAACUCUCUGCUGGCGAGCCCGACGGGCCUCAGUCCGUACCUGCGUUUUGGCUGCCUUUCCUGUCGCCUCUUCUACUUCAAACUCACCGAUCUUUACAGGAAGGUAAAGAAAAACAGCUCCCCUCCCCUCUCGCUCUACGGUCAGCUCCUGUGGCGUGAGUUCUUCUACACGGCGGCUACCAACAACCCCUGCUUCGACAAGAUGGAGAGCAAUCCCAUCUGUGUGCAGAUCCCCUGGGACCGCAACCCAGAGGCUCUGGCCAAGUGGGCCGAGGGCCGGACCGGUUUCCCCUGGAUCGACGCCAUUAUGACCCAGCUGAGGCAGGAGGGCUGGAUCCAUCACCUGGCCCGGCACGCCGUGGCGUGUUUCCUGACCAGAGGAGACCUGUGGAUCGGCUGGGAGGAGGGCAUGAAGGUGUUUGAGGAGCUGCUGCUGGAUGCAGACUGGAGUGUGAAUGCAGGCAGCUGGAUGUGGCUCUCCUGCAGCUCUUUCUUCCAGCAGUUCUUCCACUGCUACUGCCCCGUAGGCUUCGGCCGACGCACGGACCCCAACGGAGACUACAUACGGCGCUACCUGCCCAUUCUGAGAGGGUUUCCAGCCAAGUAUAUUUAUGAUCCCUGGAACGCCCCGGAGAGCGUGCAGAAGGCAGCCAAGUGUAUCAUCGGAGUGCAUUACCCAAAGCCCAUGGUGCACCACGCCGAGGCGAGCCGCCUCAACAUCGAGAGGAUGAAACAGAUCUACCAGCAGCUCUCCUGUUACAGAGGCCUCGGCCUUCUGGCAACUGUGCCGUCCAACUCCACCAACAACGGGAACACUGAGACAUCCUCAGACGUGAUCGGAUACUCUGUGGAGUCGACUCACGAUGCUGCAUCUACGUCUGGCUAUCAAGUGCCGGUUCAUUCCCAGGACGACUGGCAGAGCGGAGUCAUGAUGUACCUGCAGGAAGACCCUCAGACCAGCAUGGCUGCACACCAGCAGGGUUAUGCAAGCACCAGUGCUGGUGUGAUGUGUUAUCCUCAAAGCACACAGCAGAUUCCUGGCGCUCAAAUCCAAAAAGGACCGGAGCACCACAGCACCACUCAGACCAGUGGAAAGCGGCACAGCGAGGACUCUGGGAAUGGAAAAGGGUCCAAAGUCCAGAGACAGAGCAGCCACUAGACAGGAGUGUGUGCGGCCCACUGUCAGUCACAUCAUCACCACAUCUGACCCCAAAAUGGAUGCUAAGACUUUUUGUUCCAGCACUACACUGUUGCAUGAGCACACCUUUAGAAGGACAUGUCAUUAAACCCACUCUCACGAUCUGGACUGUAUAUUCUCAUGUGGACUGCACAGCCCAGCUGCAGCGGAUGUUACACUGUGCUCGUGAUUCGUCGGGACAAACCGUCUUUGUGUAUAUAAAGAAUUUGCUAAUCUCAGCUCACAUACAAACUUGUACAUAUUUGGAUAUUGUAUGUGUGUUUUCUCUCUUUGUGUAGCCAUAGACCCAUUGAUAUAUUUUUGAUAUGAGAAAUCAUUGUGGAUGGAUCUUUCUUUUUUGGAAACUUUUCAAUAAAAUUAUUAAAGCAUUUAUAGACCGUCCGUUUAAAAAAGAAAAGGUGUAAAAUCUUGUAUCUAUUCAAAUACAGCCGCCUGUCUGCUUGUUUUAUUCUACUACCCACUUUUCUCCUUUUUGAGCCAUCCGAUGUAUCUAAACAGAUGUGUUUGAUCAAUUCCUCGCUUAUCUCAGUGCUUGUUUUGUUCCUUCUCACUGUAGAGGCAAUAUCAGUGUGACUUAUCUAUCCAGUUACUGCCUGUGUCGAUGGUUGAGAAAAGGAGACUUCAUAUCAUGGUGGCCCUCUCCCCCCUCGCUCUGUAUAAACCCCCAAAUAAAUGUACCACUGGAGAGAAAAGCUUCACCUGCUUCUUGUUUCUUCUCAUUGUGCUUGUUUGAUUAAAACUGGUUGAAAUAUA